UAAUUUAUCCCAAAAGAAAGCAAAAACAAAAAGGGAAAAGUGGCCGUUGGAGGGCGCGAUCUAAAAUCACGUACGAAUCAUGUGGUGCUGGACGUGGAUAACUUUCUUGCCUGCCCACCAUAAAAUCCAUUUGCUAUUUGGUGGUCUUUCAGUCUUCUUCUUCUUCUUCUUUCCUUUCCCCCCUUCAAUUUGCAGGCCAAGCCACGGUGAUAAUUAAUAGAUAGAUAAUGGGGAGCGUGAAGGUUUACGGGCCGGUGAUGUCGACGGCGGUGUCGCGGGUGCUGGCCUGCCUCCUGGAGAAGGAGGUGCCCUUCCACCUCGUCCCCGUCAGCCUCGCCAAAGCCCAUCACAAAUCCCCCGACUUCCUCAACCUGCAGCCCUUCGGCCAAGUCCCUGCCUUCCAAGAUGGUGACGUCACCCUCUUCGAAUCUCGUGCCAUUUGUCGGUACAUCUGCGACAAGUUUGUGGGCCAGGGAAACCAGAGCCUGAUGGGCCCCGAGGGCGGCGGCGCAGCGGGCCGUGCCGCGGUGGACCAGUGGGUGGAGGCGGAGGCGCAGAGCUUCAACCCGCCGAGCACCGCCCUCGUGUUCCAGCUCGUGUUCGCCCCGAAAAUGCGUCUGAAACAAGACCCGAAUGCGACGAGGGACGCUGAGGGACGGCUCAGAAAGGUGCUGGACGUGUACGAGCGCCACCUCGGUGGGAGUAGGUUUCUGGCGGGGGAGGAAUUCUCGCUUGCGGAUCUCUGCCACCUCCCAAAUGCCCACUACCUCCUCGCCGAGACCGACAGGGGGCAGCAGCUCCUGUGGUCGCGGAGGAACGUCGCGCGGUGGUGGGAGGAGAUCUCUGGCCGCCCCUCGUGGGCGAAGGUCGUCGAGAUGCGGCGCAAUGCAGCUGCUUGAAUUCUCUUUCCCUGUUUCUCUCACCCUCUAUCUGUUGUUGGUUUCUGUUUCUCGGCAGGAAAAUGCAGUUUGAAUCUCUCCGAAAUGUAUUGAAAGGGGAUUCAAAUCUCCAAGCUUAAGGAUUAAGCCUCCACAAGACAACCAUCUUUAAAUAAAAAUUUUAAAGCUUUUGCUAUGACAAAAA